AUGGAUAUUGAAAAAGAUGCUACAUAUUGUUUAUAUUAUUAUCUUUUUGCAACUGGGCGUAGUGAAAGAGAUCAUGAUGCUUUUGUAUCUGAAGGUUUUACUAAUUGGCGAAAGAAAGAAAGAUUGAGAGAACAUGUAAGAGACCAUAAUAGUGAUCAUAAUAAAUGUUGGUUUGCUUGUGAAGAUUUGAUGAACCAAGCUCAACACAUUGAAGUUUCUUUUUCAAAACAAUCAGAACAGUCAAAAAUUGAGUAUCAUUGUAGGUUAAAUGCAUCAAUUAUAUAUCUUCGUUAUCUCUUAAUGCAAGGAUUGGCUUUUCGGGGCAAUGAUGAGUUUGAAAAUUCAUUAAACCAAGGAACUUUUCUUGAACUGUUAAAAGUUUUAGCUUUAUGUAAUGAAGAAAUUAAUAAUGUUGUAUUGAAGAAUGCUCCUGACAAUCUCAAACUCACAUUUCCUAAUAUUCAAAGAGAUAUCAUUAAUGCAGCUGCAAUUGAGACAACGAAGGCUAUCAUUAUAAAUUUGAGAGAUGAUUUGUUCUCUAUUUUAGUUGAUGAAUGUCGAGAUGUAUCAGUUAAAAAGCAAAUGGGAGUUGUCAUACGAUAUGUCAAUGGAUUUGGAUGUGUUGUUGAAAGAUUUAUUAGUCUUGCGCAUGUCCAAAAUAUAAGUGCAGCAUCUCUUAAAAAAGGUAUUGAGUCUUUACUCUCUACUUAUGGCUUGAGUGCAUCUAGUUUGAGAGGUCAAGGCUAUGAUGGAGCUAGUAAUAUGCGAGGUGAAUUUAAAGGCCUUAAAAGUUUGAUUUUGAAGGAGAAUUCUAAUGCUUAUUAUAUCCAUUAUUUUGCUCAUCAACUCCAACUCACACUUGUUCCUGUUGCUAAAAAGCAUUCAAGUAUAAGUUCUUUUUUCAAUACUGUUACUCAUUUGGUCAAUGUUAUUAGAGGUUCUUGUAAAUGCUAA